AUGGGUAGUAAAAAAGAAAGCAAGAGCAAAUCCAGUACAGAAGAAGUUUCUACUGAAGACAACUAUGAAAAAAGAAUGUCUGCUGUCUUACCAUUUGCCAAACCAUUAGCAUCUAAGAAAGUCAAUAAGAAAAUUUUGAAAACCGUUAAAAAAGCAUCUAAAGCCAAACAUGUUAAACGUGGGGUUAAAGAAGUUGUUAAAUCUUUAAGAAAAGGUGAAAAAGGUUUAGUUAUAAUUGCUGGUGAUAUCUCUCCACCAGAUGUUAUCUCACACAUUCCAGUUUUAUGUGAAGAUAAUGCAGUUUCAUACAUUUUCAUUCCUUCAAAAGAAGAUUUGGGUUCAGCUGGUGCUACUAAAAGACCAACUUCCUGUGUAAUGAUUGUUCCAGGUGGUGGUAAAUCAAAGAAGAAUGCUGACAAGACAGAGGAAUACAGAGAAGGAUACGACGAAAUUGUCAAGGAAAUUAAAGCAUCUGAAUAG